AUGCGUCUCGUGGGCACUCCACAAGCUGCUUCAGAUACACCGAGUGCAAUCACUGCAGCGUCUUUCUCGCCUCAGAAAUCAAAUAAACAAACCGUGAGAGAGGCCAUAGCAAAAUUACCGACGAUCCAAGCAAGAGUGUCAAUCCCAGAUAUGUUUUUGAAGCCCUCGAGUCAAGCUAACCAAAGAAACUCAUCUGAUGCAUCACCUCCACAGAUUCCUCCUCUGAGAAAACCAUCCGUAGCUCCAAAGGGUAUGAGUUUUCUCUCUCUCGAAAAAACCUCACAAGAGGAUACCGUGAAACCACCGUCUCUUGGGUCCAAGCAAAACACACAGAACUCUGAUAAUCAGAGCUUGAAGCAGUCACAACAGAGAAGCUCUGUUCCUAUGGUGCCUCCAAAAGGAAUUAGCUUAACAUUUGCAUCAGAGAAACACAAAUCACUGAAUCAAGAGCCUCAAGAAUCAGCAAGUAGUAAAAAUCUCAAGACAACGCCUAAUUCACACAUUCAAAGUUCUCUAAACUCAACCAUGAAACUCGCUGCAGAAUUCGAAUCCGCUAAAGUCGAGAGGCGCACUAAUGAUCCCGCAGAAGCUGUAAAGAAGGGCGAUGUUGCAGUUAACACGAGUGUGACCAGAAACUCAGGGAACAUACCUUCCAAGAUUCUCGAGUUCUUGUCGAGCUUCAGCCAUGGCAAAAACUGA